CUUUAAAGGUCGACGGGUUUCGGAGCCGAGAUAAUGAAAUAACGUGGAAACAGCCGACUGGGCUUUCUGCUGUUGCCGUGGGAGCGCGCUGACGCUCUCCAGUUGGAAGUUGUCAGUGGUCCGGUCGAAGCGGCGUACCCUGCCUCAGUCCGUCGGAGGAAGGAGUCGUCCAGACCGUUGUCGCCUCCUCUCCCGCCUGCAGAGCUUUUCCUAGCCCACGGAAUCAAGUAGCAACAACCAUGGGCGUCGAAAGACAUCCGCUGUUCCAACUUAUCGAUGGUAUUAAGCUACCUCUUGGAUUUGAUCCGGUCCAGUUGCGGUCCUGCCUCAAGUACCAGGCCUCUGCAGGAGACGUGUUCAUUGACACCUUCCCGAAAUGCGGGACCAACUGGACCAAGCGGAUCGUACAGUUGCUGUUCGGUGAGAACUCAGCCAGAGACAGCGACUAUGGUCUGUCUACCUCCUUCUUCGAGAUGGUCGGCAAGGAUGUCAUCGAGGGUCUUCCUCAGCCUAGAAUCAUUACCACCCACCUAGAGUAUCAGCUGCUACCCAAGCACCCCGGGGCCAAAUAUAUCUACGUCGUGAGGAACCCCAAAGAUUGCUGCGUCUCCUACUUCCACCACACGAAGAAAACAAAGGUGUACCACUUCGAGGACGGCACGUUCGACGAAUACCUGCAGCUCUUCGUUGACGGUGAAACGAGCUUCGGUGACUACUUCAGCCACUUGCUCUCCUGGUACCCCAACAUUCACGUGGCCAACGUUAUAUUUCUAACGUACGAAGACAUGAAGAAAGAUCCCGAAGCUGCCGUGCUGAAGAUCGCUAAGUUCCUGGAAGUAAAAGAUCCCGAGCUCAUGGAUCCUAUGACUGAUAAAUUCAAGAAGGUAAUGGAACUGAGCAGCGUUGACUCUAUGAAGGAAUACCUGGUGAACAACUAUAAGAAAGCGAUGGGAGACCAGGAUCCUGAGAAGUGGACGGCUAAGGAGGACUACCCUCUGGCCAGGGCGCCGCCGCCCCCAGACGUUAUGGUGCGUAAGGGAAUCAUCGGGGACUGGAGAAAUGUUUUCAGCAAGGAGCAGUCCCGCAAGAUGGAGCAGGCCAUGGCGGACAAGUGUGGCAAGCUAAUUGACCUCUCCAAGAUCUGGGACCCCAAGGACUGGAUGGAAGACGUGUAAAAUGCUGUUGAUUUAUGGCGAUGCAGCGUUAAUUGGGCACAUGCGCUGUCACCGAUACAAAAAAAGCCAAUGGACAGAUUUGACACCUGUCCUCUUCAUCGUUUCUUGAAAAUAUGUUAGAAGUUUAUCUCAAGUCGCAGCUUUGCACUCAUUGGAAGCAUUAGGUAUGUGAUUUUCGGGAGUUUUGAAAAUUUGUAAUUCGGACGCGCUCUGUUUCUAGCAGCUGGUUCAAUUUGUGUUUGUGUUUGAACUUGAAAUGCGGUAUUUAGAAAUUGCCAGUUGUAUGCCUCCGAGUAAAGGGGUGUCCAAACAGGGUACUACAAAACGCACGACUCCGAUAAAUCGUGCGGCGCUCCGCUUCCGGCCAUUUUUCUUUGCCGGAGGGAAACUUCCCCCCGUCAAAUCUCCCCCUCGCUUCCACUGCGGCGGCCUUGCUCUGCUCAUCACGUGGGUGCGGAGAGCCACUCACACGCUCUGUUGGCUGUGUUGGUGAGGGGGAGAUUUGACGGGGUAGAAAUUCCCCCCCGGCAAAAAGAACGGCCGAAAGCGGAGCGCCGAACGAUUUGUCGGAGUCGUGUGGCCUGUCGAUCUUUGUAGUGUCCGGUUUGAACACCCCUUAAGACUACAGAAAGCAGCUUCAAAGUCCUGGGGUCUGCAAAUCGUUACACACAAAAAGAAGCUCGCUGCAUCUAUCAUAUUUUUCGUUUCUGUAUACUCACUUAGAUUUUGUUGCGGUUUGCAACGUUUUACGUUUUUUUUAAUUAUACAUUUAUAUCUAUAUUUCUACAACUAACGCGCUGGUAAUUGUAAUAGGUGUAUUUAUAUAUCACAAUUUUAAAGUACACCUCAUUUAACACGAUUUUACACCCAAUAUACGUGGCAGUUAAGUCUGUAACAUUAUCGAUGGAGGUGCAGACAAAGGUUGUAAUUCGCCCUAAUGUAAGUGCACUAUUUUAUCUCUCUGCCUCACCUUUCUUUUGCAGCUGAUAGAAACCAGAAAAGUGUGUCGACUUUAAAGGGUGGUAUAUUUGCAGCAAAUGACAAUAAAAUGUUCUACAAAAAUGUUUCGAUUGA